UGUCGCCAAUGUUGUCUCCUUUCUCAGCCUGCACGUUAUUCAUACCACGCAUAUGGGUUUAAGGAGUUUAACUAUCGCAAUUUACGUGCCUCCAGAUGAAAAACGAGGCAGAAGCUGUUGGGAGCCGACUGGCAAUAUUGAAGGGAGCCCGCACAAGAGGGAGCCGGGUCCUACGUGCCUCGCGCGCUGAGCCCCGGCCGGUUCACCGCGCAGUCGCAGUAGAUCCCGACUCGCCAUGCCGACUGUCAGCGUGAAGCGGGAUUUGCUCUUCCGAGCCCUGGGUCGGACCUACACUGACGAAGAAUUUGAUGAACUGUGUUUUGAAUUUGGUCUGGAACUUGAUGAAAUUACUUCUGAGAAAGAAAUCAUAAGUAAGGAACAAGGUAAUGAAAAGGCGGAGGGAGCCUCUGAUGUUGUUCUUUACAAAAUUGAUGUCCCUGCCAAUAGAUAUGAUCUUCUUUGUUUGGAAGGAUUGGUUCGAGGACUUCAAGUCUUCAAAGAAAGGAUAAAGGCUCCAGUGUAUAAACGGGUAACACCUAAUGGAGAAAUCCAGAAAUUGAUCAUCACAGAGGAGACAGCAAGAAUACGCCCUUAUGCUGUGGCUGCGGUUCUCCGGAAUAUCAAGUUCACUAAAGAUCGACACGACAGCUUCAUUGAACUUCAGGAGAAACUACAUCAGAACAUUUGCAGGAAAAGAGCCUUGGUUGCUAUUGGUACCCAUGAUUUGGACACUUUGUCAGGCCCUUUUACUUACACUGCAAAGCGACCUUCAGAUAUCAAAUUCAAGCCUCUAAAUAAGACCAAGGACUAUACAGCCUGUGAAUUGAUGAACAUAUACAAGACUGACAACCACCUUAAACAUUACUUACAUAUCAUUGAAAAUAAACCCCUGUUCCCAGUUAUCUAUGAUAGCAACGGUGUCGUCCUUUCAAUGCCUCCAAUCAUCAAUGGAAAUCAUUCCAAAAUAACUGUAAAUACUCGAAAUGUAUUUAUUGAAUGCACAGGAACGGACUUUACUAAGGCAAAAAUAGUUCUCGAUGUUAUUGUCACCAUGUUCAGUGAAUACUGUGAGAAUCCGUUUACGGUUGAAGCCGCUGAGGUAGUUUUUCCUAAUGGAAAAUCAUACAUCUUUCCAGAACUGGCUUACCGAAAAGAGAUAGUGAGAGCUGAUCUAAUUAACAAAAAAGUUGGAAUCAGAGAAACUCCAGAAAAUAUUGCCAAGCUUCUAACCAGGAUGCAUUUAAAGUCAGAAGUAAUAGGCGACGGGAAUCAGAUUGAGAUUGAGAUCCCUCCAACCAGAGCUGACGUUAUCCACGCAUGUGAUAUUGUGGAAGACGCAGCUAUUGCUUACGGAUAUAACAACAUUCAGAUGGCUCUCCCGAAAACAUACACCAUAGCUAAUCAAUUUCCUCUUAAUAAGCUCACAGAGCUCCUACGGUAUGACAUGGCGGCCGCCGGAUUCACCGAAGCGCUUACCUUUGCUCUGUGCUCCCAAGAAGAUAUUGCUGAUAAACUUGGUUCGGACAUCUCUGCAACAAAGGCAGUCCACAUAAGUAAUCCUAAGACAGCUGAAUUCCAGGUGGCACGCACUACCCUUCUUCCUGGCCUCCUAAAGACCAUAGCUGCGAAUCGGAAGAUGCCCCUUCCUCUGAAACUGUUUGAAAUCUCUGACAUUGUAGUAAAAGAUUCUAGCAGAGAUGUAGGUGCAAGAAACUACAGGCACCUCUGUGCUGUUUAUUACAACAAGAAUCCUGGAUUUGAGAUCAUCCAUGGGCUACUUGACAGAAUUAUGCAGCUCCUGAAUGUGCCUCCCGGUGAGAAGAAGGGGGGAUAUGUGAUCAAGGCAUCAGAAGGUGCUGCUUUCUUCCCCGGGAGAUGCGCCGAGAUCUUGGCCAGGGGUCAAAGCAUCGGGAAGCUCGGGGUCCUUCAUCCUGAUGUCAUCACUAAAUUUGAGCUGACCAUGCCCUGCUCCUCCCUGGAAAUCAACAUCGAGCCCUUUUUGUGAAGAUGGGUCUCUGCCGUGUGACUCUCUCCCGGAGCAUUCUGCUCCUUCCCUGGUGUCCUUGAGUCGUCUCUGCCCUCCCACCCCCCCUACCACCCCCCCCCCCCCCCGGGACCAUUCGCUUGUGCUUUAAUGUUUAAUAAAGUAGAAAGUCGUGUCUGGCUCCGUGUGUAGAGGCCACCCGCUCCCUGCAUUAGGCCAGCUUGUGCGAACACGCUGUCUGUGAAGCCGCGUUACAAGGAGAAGCCCAGAGGACCGCAGGCCGGAGCCUUGCUGAUGAAACCAGCGCUGAUGCGGGAGAAUGGAAGAGUUUGUUCCUUCUCCAUCUGACGUGCAGCCAGCAGUGGGAAACAGCAGU